UGCUGGAGUUCUGGACGACGAUGCUGAAGCUCUAGAUGAUGAUGCGACUGGCGCUGGAGUCCUGGACGACGAUGCUGAAGCUCUGAACGACGAUAUGACCGGUGCUGGAGUUCUGGGAGACGAUGCGACCGGUGUGGGAGUUCUGGACGA